GUUGCUCAUUCCUUCAUUAACACUGGCAUUCCGCGGGCAGGAUUGUUUCCAUCCGACUUCUGGCCACAUCGUCCUCGUUUGGUGUGAGGAUCUCUAUCGAUCUUUGACCUUACAUUUGAGGAGGAUGAUACUUAUAUCGUAUCUGCUUUUCCCACGCCCUCUGAUUAUUGCCUUCCAAGCGUGAAGCUUGAACAGCGAUCUUGCAACCAUGGAUAUUGACAAACUUUUCAAGGUUCCGAAAUAUCCGGUUGGUGGCGUCAAACGCAAAAUGCCUGACAACCCAACGCCAGAAAUGCUGAAGCGGAUGCGCAUGGACAUCGAGCCCGACGACACUGCGGUCGUCGGUACAACAAAUGGCUCUCACAAGGACAAGGGAGAGUCCCGCGCUGCUGCCGUGCAUGAUGAAACAGGGGAAGACGUCUCAGACAAUUUCGCCCCCGGAGGUGACGCGGAUUAUUUCGCAGAGGAAGACGAAGAAGGUCGUUUUUUUGGGGGUGGAUUGACGGCAGAGCAGAAGGAAAUCCUCAAUAUAUUUGAUAAUGCGUCGGGAGAUGCCCAAUACAUGGAAGAUUUGUCUGCUACCGGAAUACGGAAAUUACUGCUGAAGCUCGAACGCACGGUGAAUAAAAACCAAGAACAAAGGUCCAAGUAUCCAGAUGAUCCAACAAAAUUCAUCGAAUCCGAAGCAGACUUGGAUAGUUCUAUCAAAUCAUUGCUUCCUCUCGCUCAAGUACCUGCAACUGCUUACCCUGAAUUAAUACGGUCAAAUACCGUCGGUUUAUUGGUCGGUUUACUGAGUCAUGAAAAUGCGGAUAUUGUCAUCGACGUGGUGGAAGUCUUUCAUGAGCUGACAGACGAGGAUGCAGGAGGGGAAGACGCAGAUGAAGAGGAUAGCCAGAGUAACAGCGAGGCACUCAAAUCUCUCGUCGAGGCACUAUUGGAGAACUCGAUCUUGGAUCUACUAGUCGAGAACUUGCAACGUCUGAACGAAGACGAAGAGUCGGAUCGUCAAGGGGUGUUCCAUAUGUUGGGAACAUUCGAAAACCUCUUGAGCUUCAACCCCUCCCUGGCGACACAAUUGGUCUCGAAAACAAACUUCCUCCCUUGGGUCCUCGGGCGUAUCCAAGCUAAACGGUUCGAUGAAAAUCGUGCAUACGCCGCGGAAAUCCUCUCCAUUCUCUUGCAAGAUAACCAGAAUAAUCGUCAAGCUCUUGGAAAGACGGAUGGUAUUGAAGUAUUGCUGAAGGUCCUUUCUCAUUACCGUAAACGAGAUCCGGCAGAUGCGGACGAGACGGAAUUUAUGGAGAACGUGUUUGAUUCACUAUGUUCUGCGUUGGGUGAACCUUCCAACAAGGAGUUAUUUAUCCAAGCAGAGGGCCCCGACCUGAUGGUUCUCAUGAUGAAAGAAAAACUGCAAUCUUGUUCUCGGGCGAUCAAGACGCUAGAUUUUGCUAUGUCGGGUUCUUCUGGCACUAGGAGCUGCGAGGCGUUCAUUGAAGCUCUAGGACUUAAAACUCUCUUCUCUAUCUUCAUGGGCAAGGGUGCCAAGAAAAAAAACUCGACGAGUGUUCUUCCAGCAUCUGAAGAUACUUCACAUAUACUGGGAAUAAUAUCUUCCUUGUUCUCGAACAUAGCGUCAGAAACGCCGGAACGGAUACGACUCCUCGCCAAGUUCGUUGAGAACGGUUAUGAGAAGGUCGACCGUCUCCUCGAAAUCCGAGAUAACGCGAGAACGCGCCUUCGAGCCACAGAGAAGCAGAUCGAGGCUCAGAAAAAGGAACUAAUCGAGGCAGGCGAAGAAACCGAUCCUGAAGAGGAAGCUAGUUGGUAUUUGCAGCGCCUAGAAGGCGGUCUUUAUACCUUGCAGAGUGUUGAUUAUGUCCUGGGUUGGGUGGCCAUGGAAGAUGAUGGAAUUCGUGCACAUCUCUCAAAGAUGAUGGACCGCAAAAACCAAUCUCUACGCGACAUUGUUCAAACAUUGAAAAUAUAUAUGGAGAAUAUGGAUGAAGAGGGGUCUGGUGAUGGUUCAUCGCAAACGGUUAUAUUACAGGGUUUAAUCGAGGCGCUCAAUGUCAACUGA